UUCUUGUGAGUUGAUGUUUGUGUUUACGAGUGGAUCGCACGUUUUUCCUGGCAUAAUCCCUUUCAGUCCACUAACACAUUUUUCAUAAUACAUAAUUUGGCUUGUCUGAUGGCAAAUUAUUUCCAAUAGAUCAUAAUUAUUUGAUCUUAAGGAUAUUUCGAAACUUUUGUUGCGCUAAUUGCAUCUGAUCUACGGAUAUACAUAUUAUAAUAAUCAACGAUGCCAAGACACAACGUCGGCUACAUCAAGCCUCCAGAGCCAGACUUCAUUAAGCGAAUGAAAGAGCAAAUUGGCUGGAAGGAAGGUCCUGACGUUGAAACGAAGCGCGAGCAGCUUUCAGCCGCGACAGAUGAUGAUUACGACGAUCGAGGAGAUGAACUGCCCACCGUGGUCGUGCUGAAGAAAGGGGACCUGACUGCUGACGAGGUUCAAGAGGAGAUAGAGAAACAGAAAAAGAUUGAAGACGAUGUGCCAGCAGCAGAGGGUGGCCGCAUUUUAUUUAGGAAACCAACAAAGAGGUCAAGUGAGGAAGCUUCAUCCAGUACAAUAGGGCCAAAGAAGACAUCAGAUGAUAAGUCAAAGAAAAGUGAUAGCAAAGACUCUAAAUCAUCAAAGGAUGCUAAACGUCCUAAGCAAAACAAAAAGUUGUUAUCUUUUAACGACGAAGACGAUGAAGAAUCUUAAUCAACUGACUGAACAAAAGUGAAAAUUAAUUUUAAAUAGUUAGGAAAUAAAUCAAAUACUUUGGUUAAAGACA